GAUCCUAUAGGUUCAGUACUGUAUUUGUUUUCCACCAAUUCGUCCUCUGUCCGUCGUCGACUCUCCCUCCACUCCCGAUUCCCUAUACUCUCUCUCUGAUGUCAGUUCACGACCAGGCGGCCGCGGCCGUCCUCUCCCACGUUGCCCUAGCGGCGGACGGUGCCGUCCUCGGCGUAGCCCUAGCCUACGUCGCCGUCCGUAGCUUCCUCCGAUUUAAUUCCAACUCCUCUGCCCUCCAUAAAAUCCGAGAAGCUCCUACUCUCCGCGUCUCCGACCUCCGCUCUGUACUUACUUCCUCCGACGUUGAAGAUUCUUCGGAGCAAUCUGACGGCGGGAAGCUCCUGAUAGUUCGCGGCACAGUCGAGGCGAAGUCGGCUGUUGAUGGAAAUUGGAAGGGCUUGAAGCCGCCAAAUGUGCUCGCUUCUCACGAGUCAGGAGAUAGAGGCGUCGUUCUUCAGAGAACGCAAACGUGCAUAUACAAUGAGUGGAGGGGCUUUUUUGGAUGGACUUCCGAUCUACGCUCUCUGUUUGCAAGAUCUUGGAAAGAGCAAGAGUCUACCUCGUUAAGAACGGUUCCUUUUGUCCUUGUUGAAAGUGGUAGGUGGCCGAAGUCUGAUUAUAUUAUUGUGAACAUGGAUGGUUCAAGACAUCAGCUACCUCUAACAACGGUGUAUCACCAAUUGCAGCCUGUCAAUGCUUCUCCUUAUACUUUCCUACAGGCACUCUUUGGCCAUGAAUAUCCUGUUGGCCUGCUGGAUGAAGAGAAGAUUCUUCCUCUUGGAAAGGAUAUUACUGCAGUUGGAAUUUGUAGUUUGAAAGAGGGAAUUGCUGAGAUCAAAUCAUGCAAAGAUCUUCCCUACUUCUUGUCUGAGAUGAGCAAGGAUCAGAUGGUGGUUGAACUUGCUUUCAGGACAAAAGUAUUGUUGUGGAGUGGCAUUGUUCUUGGUGCACUUUCCGUUGGUAUCCUUGGCUACGCUGUUGUAAGGAACUGGAAUAGAUGGAAAGCGUGGCGGCAACAGAGGCAAAUUGAGCAGCAAGAUGCUGCCGCUAGAGCUGAGGACGAAACUCUUACAGCGGAAGAGACUGGAGAUGUACCAGAAGGAGAACUGUGUGUGAUCUGCCUGUUGAGAAGAAGGCGGUCUGCAUUCAUCCCUUGCGGACAUCUUGUUUGUUGCCAAAGGUGCGCGUUACAUGUUGAACGGGAAGUAGCACCAAAGUGUCCAGUGUGUAGGCAGACAAUCCGAAGCUCUGUGAGAAUAUACGACUCUUGAGAUGCAAUGAGCAAAUGGUUUGCAUAUUAAAGCUGGAGUUAACUUCACUAGUUCGGAAGAUGUGGAAUUUUCACUAACCGUUGUAGCUGAGAGAUGUAGCAGUAGCAUUACAUGGACUCCAUGGGGAGAGAGUGAAAGAAAUACUUUUGAGAUUAAACGACUUGAUUGUGUUUCUAAUGGGGAAAUUUUGGUACAUAUAUAGUUUUUUUUUAUUUUUUAUUUAUUUUUUAUUUUUUUUGUGUAGUGUUCCAUUUAAUACUUGGAAAUACAUGUAAAAGCGAUGAAUGGCUGGUAAAUUUUUUUGAUAAUUGUACUGAAAGAUGAGCCCUUUCAUUCUUC